AUGAGAUCCGAUCCCAUCCCAACCUUAUUCAGUAUUCCGCGGGGCCCCCCACUGGAGCGAGACCUGGCAUUUUGUUUCUUGUUUUCGGAUCAAUAUCUUCAUGUUCAAUGUGAUGCCCUGUCCAUCCAACCACUUGAGAAAGGAUUGGGCAUGCGCAACGCAGAUAAAAAGCGUCAAGAGGUGAAAACUCAAUGCACUCGGCAUUCUUCAAAUAAAGGCAGAAUUCUUUUAACCCAAAACAACUACAAUAUUUUCAAGGUUGCGCUUGAGAGACUUGUUACGAAGGAGCUGCAAUCCAAGAAAAAGCAAACAGAAAACAACAUUACAGCUAAACAACUUUACGAGCAGGAUUUUGGGGUGGAAUCGCCUCCUAUUUUCAACGUUAAUUCAGAUCUUUUUUCAAAGCAGGAAAUUGAAAGGGGUAUAAAAAAGUUGGGUGUUGGAAAAGCUAAAGACUUGGUUGAUCAUCAAGCAGAAUAUUUGAACAUGAUAGAGAAUAGAAUUAGCAAGUGGGCAAAAGAGAAUGGUAAGCGGGCAAAAGGGCAAGCUAGUUUCAGACCUAAGCAUUCCAUAGUUGAUCAUGGUAUGACUUUGAGACAUUUAAUUGAAAAAAUAUGGGAAGAGAAAGAAGAGAUCUUCUAUUGUUUUGUUGAUUUCAAAAAGGCUUUUGACACGGUUCCUAGGGUUAAACUUUGGAAAAGAAUGGAAGAUCUUGGAAUUCCCAUUCAUCUUAGAGUUGUUGUCCAUGGGCUUUAUGAGGAGGUUAAAGUCAAAAUCAGAACCUUUGAUGGUCUCUCUGAAAGCUUUAGAAGCGAUAUCGGGGUCAAGCAAGGGUGUAUGUUAUCUCCUACGCUGUUUGGUUUAUACAUUGACACUUUGGAAGAGUGGUUAAACUCUCGGGAUGCUGAUGGCGUUCGUCUAGGUGAAUUUAUGAUAAAAAUUUUGCUUGAUGCGGAUGACCUCAUUCCUAUUGCUAAAACACCUCUUGGUUUGCGAGAGAAUUUGUAUGCUUUGGAGCACUUUUGCAGAAUGGUCGAGAUGCAAGUCAAUAUCAGCAAGACAAAAAUCAUGGUUUUCUCUAAUAAGUGGUAA